CGAGAAGGGCACAAAGGGGGGCGGCGUCCCGGAGAGGAGGAAGAGGAGGAGCAGGAGGGCAGGCGCGACGCCUCCGCAGGAGCGGAGAGAUGGGCGACGGCCGCGGCGGGGGAGGUGGGGGGAAUCGACCGGCGUGGCUGCAGCAGUACGAGCUCGUGGGGAAGAUCGGGGAGGGGACCUACGGGCUGGUGUUCUUGGCGCGGACGAGCCUCCGCAAGGGUUGUAUUGCCAUCAAGAAGUUCAAGCAAUCCAAAGAGGGCGAUGGCGUCUCCCCCACCGCCAUCCGAGAGAUCAUGUUAUUACGAGAAACUUGCCAUGAGAAUGUCGUCAAAUUAGUGAAUGUGCACAUCAAUCAUGCGGAUAUGUCUCUCUAUCUAGCAUUUGAUUAUGCUGAGCAUGAUCUUUAUGAAAUCAUUAGACAUCAUCGAGAGAAGCUUAACCAUGGCAUCAAUCAAUACACUGUAAAGUCAUUGCUCUGGCAGCUUCUUAAUGGACUAAACUAUCUUCAUAGUAAUUGGAUUAUACAUCGGGAUUUAAAGCCAUCAAAUAUUCUGGUUAUGGGUGAUGGGGAAGAACAUGGAGUUGUAAAAAUUGCUGAUUUUGGACUUGCCCGGAUCUAUCAAGCUCCAUUGAAGCCCUUGUAUGAAAAUGGGGUUGUGGUAACUAUUUGGUACCGUGCUCCCGAGCUGCUACUUGGCGCAAAGCACUAUACAAGCGCUGUUGAUAUGUGGGCUGUUGGAUGCAUUUUUGCUGAGCUAUUGACUCUCAAACCAUUGUUUCAAGGAGUAGAAGUCAAGGGUGCAUCCAACCCAUUUCAGCUUGAUCAAUUGGACAAGAUAUUCAAGGUCCUAGGGCAUCCUACACCUGAAAGGUGGCCUACAUUGGUCAAUCUUCCGCAUUGGCAAAAUGACCAGCAACAUAUACAGGGCCAUAAGUACGAGAAUCAUGGUCUUCAUAAUUUUGUUUCUGUGCCUCAGAAAAGUCCUGCAUUUGAUCUGCUAUCAAGGAUGCUGGAAUAUGAUCCUCGAAAGCGGAUAACUGCAGCGCAAGCUCUGGAGCACGAGUACUUUCGGAUGGAUCCUUUGCCAGGACGGAAUGCUCUGGUACCAUCUCAACCAGGAGAAAAAAUUGUUAAUUACCCUGCUCGUCCGGUUGAUACUACUGCAGAUUUUGAGGGAACAGUUGCUGUCCAGCCUUCUCAACCGGUAUCUUCUGGAAAUGCUGCUUCUGGUAAUGUAGCAGGUGCAUCUGUUGCGCCUCCAAGGUCUAUGCCUCGGCCUAUGCAUGUGGUUGGAAUGCAAAGGAUGCCGAACACAGGCAUGCCGGCUUUUAAUGUUGCAACCCAAACUGGUGUUGGUGCUCCUACUUCUGGUAAUAUUCCAAUGCAAAGGGGUGCUGCUGCUCAGGCCCAUCAGCAACAGUUGAGACGAAAAGAUCCAGGGCUGGGAAUGCAGAAUCCUGGUUAUCCUCAGCAGAAGAGGCGCUUUUGAGGAGACCAAAUUGCAGGCUGUAAAUAUCUUCUUAAGAUCCUAAUGUGGAAGAAAAGAAAGGCACCAUGCUCCGCCGGCCGACAAACAAUUGCAGUGCAGAUGCACAAGAAAGAAUCAAGGAUGCCCUGUUGCGGCACACCUAUCAUCUUUCUCAAAGAUGGUGUUCUAACACUGUUCAGUAAGCUUGUACAAUAUGGGAAGCUGGAAUCACCCAAAAUAUUCCAUCCAUCACCAUAUGUAAUCAUAUAUUUGAUUGACCCGCUGACCUGAUCUGAGACGACCGUGGUUUUCCACUUUUUUCAUUGCUACCUUUGUAAUUUGAUCUAGAAUUUUUCGAAGACAUUGUAUGUUCCUGCCCCAAUUACUCUUCCUAGUCAUUAGAGUUUUAUUCA